AUGUCUGAGCCAGUCUCUGAGAAUAUCCCGCCAGCUCGGCCACGGCGUGUACUAGUAAUUGGCGGUGGCCCUUCCGGUCUCGUCACCCUGCGCAACUUGCUUGAACGCGGCGACUUUGAGGAUGUCCAGCUUGUCGAGCGGAGAGACGACGUUGGGGGUGUCUGGCAUCUCGAUAAUCCAAAGCCAAACACCAAUGCAAAACGCUGGCCCUCGCCAGCCUAUCGCGGACUCAUCGGGAACGUAAUUUCAGAGUUUCUCUCGUUCUCUUCACACCCCCUGUUCCCCGAACCCCCGUCUACCGCCAAUGGCCAGCCUUUUCCUUCUCUCGCCGAAACCCACAACUACUUGCGUGCAUUUGCUGCCCCGCUACUCGCCAGAGGCAGCAUUCGCCUCAAUACUGAAGUCCUCAAAGUCGAGGAGCUGCAAAACAGACAAGGCUGGCGUGUUAUUCUGAAAAGCGGAGGAUCGGAGCUGGAAGAAAAGUGGGAUGCAGUUGUGGUUGCUGUUGCCUUCUACGACCACACGUCGUACCCAGAUACCCUUGGGGUCGGCGCGGUACGACAAGCGGGUCUGGCCAGCCAUGCGCAGACCUGGAGAGGACCUGAUGGGUAUGAAGACAAGCGCAUCCUUGUCAUUGGGAAUGCCAACUCAGGCAACGAUAUAACUGCCCAACUUGCCCCUGUCGCCCACGCCGUCUUCCAGAGCAUACGGCGUCCCAACUUUCCGGGCUUCCCAAGUCUGCCAGAUGCUCGGAUCUCCCACGUAACACCGGUCGCAGAAUAUGUCGUCCAAGAUGUCGAGAUCGGCAGCAGGAUACUUCCAACUGUCACUGCUCGUCUCAUCGACAACACGGCCAUCGAGAACCUCAAUUGUGUUAUUUUCGCAACUGGAUACUUCCCUCAUCCUGACUUUGUCCAUGUCCUGCAACAAGACGGGAACUUAGGGCCCAUUGUUAGCCCCCAAGACCGCCACAUUCCCUCUCUCCAUCGCUAUAUUCUUUACGCCAAAAACCCGUCCUUGGCUUUUGUUGGCACCGCUAUGGCAUGCUACACUCCCUUCACUAUUGCAGACAUGUGCAGCACCUGGCUCGCCCUGGCGUGGUCACAUGGCGGUGGAGUAGCGUGUCCGACAACCCUUCCUGAUCUCCUGGCGUUUGAGCGGGCAAGAAUGGACGCUGUCGCCGUCGGUCGUCGCGAGAUGGCUGCCUCGAACGAAUACGGAAUCGCUUCUGAUCUUGCGUCGUACUGCGUGCUGGGGCCAUACGAAGAGGAAUAUGCUAAUGAUCUGCGGAGCGAUGUUGUCAAAGCACGACCUGAGUUGGAUAAGGUGUUGCCUGUGUGGAAUGAGGAGAAGACAGCGUUAAGGGAUGCGAUGUUUAUGACAAAAAGGAAGGCAUUGGAGCUGGCGAGAAAAGGAGCAGUUGUCAAGGACAAUUAG